CACACAAUAGUGAGUUUUAAGAUACCUUGGUCAACUUACUCUACCUGCUGUGUGCGGGACUUUAUGUCACGGCAUAGACAAUGAAGGCGUCCGGCGGACCGCAAAAACUGCGGUUCACUGUGCACGCGUUCUCGGGAGAGGAUACGGAUUACCCAGUCCGUGAGCUUUUAUUUCAUAGUCCUCAGACUCGGGGAUGGCAAUCACCCAGGUUCUGCAAGUAUCCGCAAGAGAUUGUGCUCAGGCUGGAGCAGACGUGCAAGGUGCAGCAAAUCCAGAUACUUUCGCACGAAUACAAGAUUGCCACGCGGGUGGAAGUAUUCGUUGGUGCUCCACCCAACGUACUGGACACGGACCCCAAUAACUGCGUCUUCAAGCGGCUGGGCUACCUCUCGUUUGACAGCAACGAGCGCAGCAACCAUCAGGCACGAGAGCUGAAAAGCGUCCACGUCAAUGUCCAGGCCUUUCUCGUCCGUUUACUCAUCCACCGAUGUCAUGUCAACAAGUUGAACAUUUACAAUCAGGUUGGCAUCAUAGCACUGAACCUCAUCGGCGAGAAGGCGUCUCCUCCCCCAGAUGCGCCGGCGGGCUUCCUGCAGCUGCACCCGCCGGUGCCCACAGCACAGCCGUACUACAAUGCUGCGGCGGCGGACAUGGCUGAUGUGAACCUGGACUUACACGUGGACACCGUCACAGCAAUUAAGAUUCGCGAGCUCGCUCGGCAAAAGGAUGAGGCGGUGGCGCGCGAGGAUUACGAUACGGCUAAAGCGCUCAAGAACAGCAUCGAGCGGUUGAAGGUGGUUGGCCAGAAGGUUGCACAGCUCGAGGCACGCAAGCGAGCCGCUGUAGAGAAGGAGGACUACGACACAGCCAAAGCCAUCAAAGCCGAUAUCGAUAAGCUGCGGGCGGCGGGCGAGGGCGCGGCCAUGGCGACCGGAGCUGCUGCCGGUGCCGGCAAGAACCCGGACGAAAUAUUUAACCGAGUUUUGGGCCACAAGGCAUCAGCUGUUGGGAUAAGCCCAAGCGGCGGCGCGAACGGCGUCCCCGCCCUGCAGCUUCCGUUUGAUGAGCAGCCAGUGGGGCGGCCUAGCUCAGGAGUGGCGCGACGUCCCACAUCGGCGCACGACGCGUCGAACGCGGACUCGGACGGGAAUCGGGGACCGACAAUCGUCGAGGUAGAGGACGAGUACGCCCCUGGCCCGCUGACGCACCAGAGCUCCGUCUCUGCUAUGAACAACCGCCACCAGCAAUAUGACGAGCGACCUGCAAUGGGCCGCGGGCGCUACACUCCCACAGAGGACCAAAUGGUCGCGGCAGCCAUGCAGCGGCAGGCUUUGCAUCAACCGAUAGACACUAGUUUGCCGGCGCCUCCAGGUUGGCCAGAGGACCUCCCAGCGCCGGAGCCAGUCGCAGGCGCUGUGGCCAAGGAAGCGGAGGCGUUGGAGGAUCUUGCUGGCGAGUAUGUUGCAAGAGCUUUCUUCUCCAAGAACUGGCAACUGCGUGAUGCGGCUGUUGUUUGGCUGGUGAAGGAGGUGUCAAGCGGCGGCUUUGAGGGAAAGCGCGACGCCUUCCGGACGCUAGUGCGCCUGGUGACAAAGGGCAUGAGAGACAAGGUAGCCAACGUUUACCUGUCUUGCCUUUCGCUGCUGCCCGCGCUUGUGGACAGUGGGCUGGCCGCUGCCAGCGGCGGACGCGAGGUGGAGGCCAUGGCGGAAGCGGUACUGCCUCAGCUCAUUGACAAGCUGGGGGAUAAUAACGCGCGGCUCAGAGACGCCAGCAAGGAAAGCAUUAUGCUGCUUGCAAGCAUCAAGGAGGCGCAGCUGGCCUCCCAUACUGGCAUCUUUGUCAAGCCCGUCAAGAACCAGAGCGCAUGGCGACCUGUACUUGGCAUCUUGCAGCUGCUUAGGGAUCUUGUUCCGCUCGUGGGCAUCUCCCGAUCCGGUGAUGGAUUCGAGUUGGGCGAGCUGAUGGACUUCGUAGGCAAGGCCUACAAUUCGCCAAACGCCGACGUGCGGAGUGAGGGGGUGCGCGUCACGAAGGAGGUGUUCGACCUGGUGGGGCCCGCCAUACGGAAAUGCAUGCCCAGAGACAUCAACGCGAAGAUUAAAGAGCAGGUGGAUGCCGUCCUCGGCGGGGGCGACGCGCCGGCAGCCGCGCCGCCGCCGCCACCACCAGUCGCAGCACCACGGGCCCCCCCGCCGCGCGCCGCGGCGCUGCCGCCGAACAAGCGUCCUGUCAGCGGAAAGAGCGAGGCGGAGGCCGCCGUGUAUGAGCAGGAGUUGCAGAAGGCGGAGGCGGAGUUCGGCCCCAACCACCCCAAGACCGCGGAGGCAUGUUCCAACCUGGCCAUUUUCUAUAACUCGAAGGAGCUUAGUGACCUGGCCCUGCCGCUUUAUGAGCGUGCACUGGAUAUCUACGAGCGUCACUACGGCGAGGAUCACCCCGAGGUGGCACAUACGCUCACCGACCUGGCGGUGCUGCACUUGGAACAGGGCCGCGACGACGUCGGUCGUCCCCUGCUUGAGCGGGCGCUGGUGAUUCAGGAAGCGGCACUGGGCCCUGACCAUGCGGACGUACUGGCUAUCAAGGACGUGCUCAAGUCGGAAGGAUAA